AUGGGUGGCUUCGACCAACCGUACCUGUACGACGCAGAUCGUCGCGAUUCUUUUGCACCUACCAAGGGUUUUGAUCCAAAGGCAAUAACGAGAGCAAGCUGGGAACCAAAGCCUAGGCCGACGAAGCGUGAAGGACCGCUUGUAUCAUUCAACAGGCACCCCGAUCUCCACGAGGUGCCCACCGGCCGGACCACCAGCUUUCGUCCUAUGAGCUAUAGGACCAAAGGAUGGAUCGUAUGGCUGAGAUGGGUACAAAUGACUCUUCGGUGCCUUGAGGUCAUUGGUGCUCUCGGCGUACUGGCAUUGUGGAUCCUCAUCUCGAACGUUGAAGAUCUUACCGCAUGGAUUAUGAGAAUCGCCUGCGGUGUCGUAGGUAUCAACUGUAUUUAUGGCAUCUUGCAUCACAUGAGGCCUGCUGGUAGCAGGACACCGGCAUCUUCAGCCGCAUACAACCUCUUUGCUGCGUUCACUGACACGGCCACUCUGCCGUUCUACACCUACGGCGCAUACUCUGCUCGCACUCACUCGGAAGCCUGGACGACUUUAUUGUCUGAUCAGUCACUCACUCCCAGAUACUUCGUACCUGCGGCCUACUACACACUCAUUGGCGCUGGUGGUUUACACUUGUUGUCGCUCUCCAUCUCACUCUGGCUUGGCCUGAUGUUCCGUCGUAUUGCCAAUAUGCCUCCUGAUAUGAACCCGUUGGAGGAUCACCUCACGGCACGGGUUCACAAGCGCAACAAGUCUUCGGUCUCAACGAGCUAUACAGCCAUGACGGAGGAGGCCAAGCGUCUGUCAACGCCCCUAGAAGGCCGCCGCCGGUCCGGCGCGCCGUAUGAAGAUCUGCAGCGCCCGCCUAGCAUUCCAUUCAUGCAUACACGAUCUGGUUCUCGAGACUCUGCUAUUUCCAUUUCUUCAAAACACGAUCUCCCCAGUCGGCAAUACGGUAUCCAGCCGGGUAACUCGCCACGUAAUAGUAUCACAUCGCCAGCUGAUCUGAAACGUUUGUCCAAGCCCACGUCCGGCCACGGUAGCUACACCGAGCUCCCGCUCCACGAGGCUGGGGCCUCUCGGCCCGGCAGCCGACCUGGCAGCAUUCUUGUCGACCCUAACCCUUCCUCAAAUCGCCCACCCAAGUUCACGGAGGCAUGGUAUACCUCUGAGUCUCUCAUCACUCGCACGCAGGAACGCCAACGCGCCAUGAAUGCUGCCGCCAGGAUGAGCGCAAGCAACAGCCGUGCCUACGAGGCUUUGGUUCAGCCUUACGACGAGGUGUCAGAUGAUGAUUCCGAUCGCGAAAACAACAUGCGCCCUGACCCGACAGAUGUGUCAGAUCUCACUGAUAGUGUCAUUGGCAGCAAUAUGCACCCCAAUCCCUUGCGCUCAAACCCGACGCCCACCGGGUCAGCAAUCUCGGCCGCUUCACCUCCUGCUGUGCCCCGCCACGGCUUAGAUGACGGCAAGAGUGCUCCCCGUGUCAAGACGUCGUUCUACAACACGCGGAGCAGCGUCGCGCUUGGCGAGAUUUCGACCAACUCCCGUUCCGUUAGUGGCUCCCAGGACAUCACCGAGCAGAAGCCGGCUGCCCUGAGGCCGGGCAAAGCAAUGGCGCGAGUUAGGGACUCGUCCAUCCAGCCCGAGGGCGACUUUUUCUCAAAGCCUUACGGACAGCUUAGAGCCUCCACGCCGCCGGUCAUCGUGGGCGGCAAGCGGCAGGUGUCUACCGGGAAUGACUUCGAUCUGGGUAGUGGCGACGGCAAGAAAGGCUACAGGCGGAAUGUCAGCGGCAAGAUCGCAGAGGAAGGCAGAGCUGGUACUGACAGGAGGACGUCGAGAUAUGCUGUUUUAAAUCGCGAUUAG